UCCGCCUCCCGAUGCCUUUGGGGCGGGACCAAUGGGAGCGCGAGGUGGGCGGGGAAUAGAGGAGGAGGAGGAGGAGGCGUGGCCGAGCUUGGCGCUCAAGAAUAGGCGGGAAAAGUGGGGCUUUCCAUUCCAUCCAGGCCAGGUGAAUCUCAUACGCUUCUCCUUAAUCCCUCAUUAUCCAAGAUGUUGGCUUAUCCAAGCUUCUGCCGACCUGUUUAGCUUGGUAUUGUCGCACAGGAUGUCGGACCCCCGCACGCUGUAUUCAACCCAGUUCUUUGGCUUCACGCCACAGACCUUUCUGCUGAGGGUCUACAGGGCCUUCCAGGACUCCCUCUCACGCAGCAUGGUGAGCAUGGAGGCAGACCUGCUGGAGCGCUUCCCUGAUGAGGACCCGGCUCUCAUCCGCCAAGGCACGGAGGGGUUCCUGGCCUGCGCAAAAGACCACUUGGAGGCCGUCUUUCCCCAGAUGGAGGCUACACUGUGCCAGGGGGUGCUGGACAUCCCAGACAAUGUGCUGCUUCUGGAAGACCAGGCCCAGGAGGAGGCAGGGGAAAACUUUUCGAAGGAAGGGCUUCAAGAACUACAAGAAGAGAUCCGGCAACUGGAGGCCCAGCUGCAGGCCGAGAACCGGGCUGCGGAGGCCUUGGAGGCCGAGCUGGAGGAGCAGCGGAUCGUGCGGGCGCACCUGGAGGGGCUGCGGCAAUGGCUGCAGAGCCUGGAAGAGGCCACCCGGGGUGACGGAAGCAGCGGCAGCCUCCAGGAAGGGCUGCAGGCCUUGACCGGGGCCGCACUGCAGCUGCAGGACGUGGUGCGCACAAUCAAGAAGCAGCUGGCUGCGCCGGAACCCCAGUGAUGCCCCCCCUCCCCACCCACGUGGAGCAGGACACUGCACGUUGUGUAAUGGAUGCAUAUUAAACCUCAGAGAUUGUCACGCAA